AUGUCCCUUGAGGUUUUCCACAUGCGUCUCUCGCAAUCCGAGAGGAUUGUGUGGUUGUUGGAGGAGUUGCAAAUCCCCUACAAUCUGCACGUCUGCGAUCGCGAUCCCAAUUCUGCUCUCGCGCCCAAGGAGAUCAAGGACAUGAACCCCGCCGGUACUGCGCCGUAUUUCCGCGACACCACGGUUUCACCACCAGUCGAGAUCUCAGAAUCGGCCGCCACCAUCGAGUACAUUCUAGCGGUCCACGGCCCCAAGAUCGGUUCCGGUGCACCUAGGCUGCGACGGACCCCCGACGACGCCGACUUCGCUCCCUAUCUCGAGUGGUUCCAUUUCGCUAAUGGCACCCUUCAGCCCGCAAUUCUCCGCGGCAUGACUCUCGUGUUUGCGGGCGCCUCGGAAAGCGGCAUCGCUAAGCGAGCAGAGGCCAAAAUGCACAGCUGCUUGAAGUUGGUUGACGAUCGGUUGGCCAACAACAAAUGGCUCGCCGGGCAGAACCUGAGUGCGGCGGACAUCAUGACCGUCUGCAGCCUCACCACCAUGCGCGGUUUCUACCCGCUCGUGGACCUGUCGCAAUACAGUAACAUCCUGAGGUACUUGAAGGAUGUUGCAGAGCGUCCUGCUUAUCGCGAGACACUAAAGAAGGCAGAAGAUGGGAUGGAGCCCAUGAUUGGGCCCAAGGUUAAGGCUUUCAAGCAGUUUCCACCGUUUAAAGCCAUCUACGAGCCACUAGGUUAUUAG